AGCAGCAUCUCCACUCCAACAUAGGGAGCCUCUGAUACUCAGUGUGGAAGAUAACGGGAAGACCAAUCAGACUUCAGCCCUGACUGCGGUGUGAAGGUGUAGUGUCUGCAGGUCUGAGCUGAUCUGACAGCACAUGGACUGACUGAACCCGGGUCUGCGCUGAGCGCUGCGCAGCAAACCGCUGCUGUUGGUGUCAGUGACGCAGUUGUGCGCGCAUCUACGUCGGAGCAGCCCGGGACAAUCCCCCUCUCAGAUUAGCGCUUGACCCGCAGGAUUUGUCGGAGAGGCACCUGAUUCACCGGGAGCGACACAGUCAGAGCAGACAGAAUGAUCUAGAUUCAGGUUUCCACUGGAGCCUCUUUUUUCUCUCCACCAGCUUCUCCGAGUCUGUUAGAGAAAUGAUCGGAUGGAUUUUACGCAUCAACUCCAGGACGCGAUAGUUUAGAGGAGCGCUCUCCAAGGGACCAAAGUGGAGCCAUGGCAGCUUUUACGCACAGCGCGGUUAUGCUGAUAGGAGUGUUUGAAACUUUGAAACUUUUGGUCGGAGUCUCCGUUCCUCUCUAUUCCUCUGAGGUCUGAUAAUGUGUGAUAUUCCUGCUGCUGGUGGAAACGUCUAAUCCCUCCCUGAUUACCGCGCACUGAUGGAUUGCGUCGUGUCGACCAGCAGACUCACAUCAAGGCCUAGUCACAUUCAUUUACCCGCUAUGCUUGCGUCUUGAUUGCUGAAUUGAAGCCAUUUAGGGCAGUCCAGCAUCGCUCUGUACGCGCCAACGGGACCCCCAGCUUCUCCCCACUUGGUGCCAAAAUGAGGAGAGCUGUACUGAAAGAAGCCGCCAAACGCUUCCCCUGGCUGGCCAAUGUCACUUUGUACGGGUGCUUAUUCGCCGGUGGUGACCUUGUCCAUCAGCUCAUGGCUCAGAAGGAGCACAUGGACUGGAAACACACUCGCAACGUGGCCAUUGUGGCAAUCAGUUUCCAUGGAAACUUUAAUUACUUCUGGCUACGAGCCCUGGAGAGGCGUUUUCCAGGAAAGUCCGCCGGGAUGGUUUUCCGCAAACUCCUGCUGGACCAAAGCUUCGCGUCGCCUUUGGCCACCAGUGUCUUCUACACGGGGGUGAGCUUCUUGGAGGGUAAGGAGGACAUCUUUGAAGACUGGAGGGAGAAAUUCUUCAACACCUGGAAGACCGGACUCAUGUACUGGCCGUUCAUGCAGUUAUUGAACUUUGUCCUGAUGCCGCUCUACAUGCGAACAGCCUUCAUGGGCUGCUGCGCCUUCCUCUGGGCCACCUUCCUCUGCUUCUCCCGGCAGAGCGGUGACGGAACCGCCGCCGUGGCUCUGGCCUUCGUCAUGGACCCCCGGAAGACCCUGGAGGAGAUGCGCGAGGCCCGACUGGCCCGAAAACGGCAAAAGACCCAGAGGGAAAACUAAAGGAGAAGAAGAGGAAGAGGAGGAGGAGGAUGUCUUGUUCUUCUGUCGUUCAGGCCUUUGAGCUUCGGUUGAAGGACAGACGGGUUUCCACUGUUGCUUCACAGCACCCAGAAACUGAGACGAGCUGAGGAGUUACUGGUUGGACUGGUUGUACAUUUAUUUAUCCGUCACAUACGCACACAUCAGCUGAAUCUGAAGGCUGCAGGAAUAAUAUCAGAACUGUAUUCUCUGUAAAGGGGAAAACAUUUAGAUAAAACAGGAUAAUAAAACACAGUGAAACAGGUUAAAAAUAAAAUAUAGUAGUUAAAAUCUGUGUGAAAUACAGGUUACAGCUUUAAAACAAACAAAUUAUAAACAAUACGACACCUUUAAAAUACAGUUUAAAGCCACAAACAGGCUGCAGUCCUCGUUGGAACCACAAUUACUGAACAACAUUUACACAAUAUUCUCUUAAAUCAAUACUGUAGCUGAAUUGUUCAGUUUGUAGAGAAAAGGUCAAUAAGAUCCACAUUGGUUCAUCCUCAGGGGAGCGAGAAGGAGCUCAGGAAAUGUUACAGUUAUGGAUAUUACUCAUGUACAAAUGGAGAUUGUGUCUUUGUGGAGGCUCUAGAGCAGUGGUUCCCAACCUGGGGGUCAGGACCCCCACCGAGGGUCGCCAAUGGGGGGUAACGAGGCCUUCUUGAUUUUAAGGGUGUAAGAAAACUUAAAAAAUAUACACAGAAGGCCUAAACCUCAACAUUUGGUUGACUUCUGUGAAUAAAAGUAAAAGAAAACACUGAAUUCGUCAGAAAAAAAAGAAGCCGGUUAAGUCUGUAUGAAUAUAAACAUUAUAUAUAAAAUACAGAAUACAGAGAAUUGUAUAAAAAAGUUCCCUAAACAGGAAAUAAUCUGCUCAAAAUUCACCCAAAUAUGUAUAUGCAUAGUCAGGGGUUGACUCAGCGAUAGGAAAGGUUGGGAACAUCUGCUCCAGAGUGAAAGUGCAGGGGGGAGAGAGUCCUUCAGUGGGGUUCAUCAAUAUUCACACUGAGACACUGAGACACUUAGCUGUGGACCAAAGUGACCAAUGGAACAACAGUAAACUGGUUAAAGUGGGAUUCAUUUAAAGGGUUUAAGGUCGAAUUGUUUACAGUUGAUGAUCCUGCCUCCAAACCACGAAGGUUUCCAUCAGAUCCAGCUCACAGACUUUAAAGGGGGGGGUUCUGUUGUGAUGGUUGCAGUUUCUGGUGGAACUGGUUCAAGGGCUCGAAUAUUUCUGUUUUACACUGGUUGUGCCUUCUCUCGGUGACAAGACUGUCCUGACCACAGGUCUGCGAGUGUGCAGUGUUUGACUGACUGGUGACAGUCGUUAGUAAAAAUCAAUACAGUGAGGUUUAUAUAUAUAUAUAUAUAUAUAUAUAUGUGUGUGUGUGUGUGUGUGUGUGUGUGUGUGUGUGUGUGCAAUUUUAAAUGGAGUUUCUGCAUUUAUUUUGGGAUGCACUGAUGUGUUAUAUAAAGCUUCCUGAUGGUGAUAAUUAUCUACAGCAGACUUUAGUUUGUAAGAUACGUUGCCAUGGACCAACGUGUUGUACAAGGAGAACACUGAACAUAUAAUGAUGGUGCUAGAUGAAAGCCGGGGGGGCGUUUAAAUAAACAACAGUUUUAUUUUCAGUAUGUUUCUUAUUGUCAGCAAAUCCCAUGAAAAGAUGAAAACCAAUGUACCUGUGUGCACAAGGAAUCUGACUCUGGUUGUACUGACGCUGCUCUCAAUGUACAAACACAGAAUACACAUAAAUAAACAACAAGCUCAACAAAACAGACAUAAACUAUGUACAGUUAUACAAAUAUAUAAACAUAAACAUCUGUAGACAGUAGACAAUAGUGCAGUGGUGCAGAGUUCAAAGGACACUGGAAUAAAUAUUUACGUUUUUACAAUAUUUUAAGCAAUAAAGAGGUUUAAUACAGCGCUGCUGCAUCAGUGUCUGAUUUAUUAAGAAAAACACUUAAAUGCUUCAUUUUAAAUGUUAAAAAUUCAUCACUAAAUUCAUAGCAAACCAUUUCUUUUAUCAUAAUACAGUAACACUAAUUCAGGUUUGAAGAUGAAGAGUCUUUCGAUAAGUUGCAUUUAUACGAUUUACAACUCAAAAACUCAACUCAAACACACUCGCUUCCUCUCUUCUAGACACCAACGCUUCACAUUUACCCUCCAAACAGUGCAAUUUUAUUCUCACUCAGUUUUCACUUUUUCUGGCAGUUUCAUUGGAAAAAAUGCCUGAAAACAUCAAAACACGCCUUGCAAAUGUUUUAGAAAAGCUGCCGUGAAAUCAGCAAAAAUAAAGCCUGUGAGAUCCUGGAGGGACUCAUUGAGGGUAGAAGCAGCUAAAAAUGUAUCACAUAUGUGAAACGAAUUAGGGUUAUUUUGUGAGUACAGUUGUGCUGAAUCAGGGAAGUGGCACAACAGUGUGGUCAUUGGUGUGUUUUUAAUAGUUUUCGGACUAAAAUGAAGCUCUUUGAUACACAGAUAAAACGUAUUAUUGGGUCUUUUUUGGGGGGGAUUUGUUGAUAAUAAGAUAAAAGAUCCUUUAAGAGAAUGCGGAUGCAAAGACUUCCAGUUAAAGGGGCUCGUUGUGUGAUGUGUGUAUCAGUGCAUCCCGCUUGUGUUGUGUCUCCUAGUUUUGACCUGUGACGCUACAGUAUCUUAAUCCUGUCCUCUUACUUGAAACAUCACAUAGGUUGCCAUCAGCCCAGAUACCUUAUCAUGUAACACGUCACCUACCGACCCGUUAACCGCUCUCGUGUAGACUUUAACGAUCUUUAGGUGGAGCUGAAAGAUGUUUAUUGUUAUUUAUCUGAGAAGAAUUGAAGAUUUCAUUGCCAGAUGUGGAAGAACUCUGUAAUAUUGUACGUUUUUGUGCAUUAAAUUUACCCGUCAGUUACGAUAGCGAGGACCAGACGCACACUGUAGAUAAAGCUUUAAUAACGACAUAGACGUUCUGUUUUUCCAUGUAUGAAAAAUAAAACCUCAAAGAUUGUUCAAUAUUGUUCUUAA